UGCUCUCCCAGUGUGGGCUCCUCAGCCUGCCAGACACGGCACAGUCACCCUGCACCGUCUCACCGCCACGAUGGACACCUCGGCUUUCCAGCAACACGGCCAGUCAGGGCGGAAACCAGCAGGCAAAGCCAGGGAGAAGAGGACCAUGAGCUUCCAGGAGCUCACCAGAGGUUUCAGUCACUUCACCCUCCGUACGUCACUCAGAAGGAAGUCUGCCGAACGCACCGGCAUCACUGGCAGUCAAGCACUGACUCUUACAAAGACCCUGGCAGCAUCAGAUGGAGAGCUGAAUGUGAUGGAGGCGGACGAGCAAGGAGGAGGCAGCCACUGCUCCAGCAGCAACUCAAGCCUGCCCAGCGUGGCCAAUGACAGGGCCAGCGGGGUGGACCAGACAGCCAGCUGGGCCGUCAGCUUCGAACGGUUGUUGGAGGACCCCACUGGGGUGCGCUACUUCACCGCUUUCCUAAAGUCGGAAGUCAGCGCUGAGAACAUUUUGUUCUGGAAGGCGUGUGAGAAGUUCCGCAGGAUCCCCGUGACUCAGCCAGACGAGCUUUGCCGGGAGGCUCUAUCUAUCUACAACACCUACCUCUCAGACAGCGCUACUCUUCCUGUAAACAUUGACGACACAGCCCGUGUGAACGAGCAGAUCCUCAGAGCUCCCCAGCCAAACAUGUUCCAGAAAGCUCAGCAGCAGAUUUUCAAGCUGAUGAAGUUUGACAGUUACGCUCGCUUCGUCCGUUCCCAGCUCUACCAGAGCUGCAUGCGGGCCAACGUGGAGGGCAGGCCCCUGCCUGACAUUGGACCCCGCUCCAAGGCCCCUGCAGCUAAGAAGAGUGCAGCUCCAGAAAGCUCCUCCCUGAGGGACCAGCAAAAGCCUGAACCAAAACAGAAGGAGAAGAGCAAAGCUAAAGCAGGCAGGUCUGCAGCUGCUGAUGCUGAGGAGGAGCGGAGGAAGGUGCCGGUCCAGAAAUGGGAAAAACGACAGGAAAAGACAGCACCAUGGGGAGAUUCUCCCACUACAGUAAAAACAGGAGGGCUUUCGCGCAAUGAAAUGGAGCGGCUGGGGGCUCAGCUGAUGGAGAGUGAGCGUACGGUGGCCCGGAUGGCAGAUAAGUACUGCUGCGUGUACCUGCCGGACGGCACGGCCUCUCUGAUGCCAGCACGGCCUGGCUUCACCGUACGCAACAUGCUGAUGGGCUUGUGUGAGAAGAGAGGCCUCCCUCUCAGAGACAUCAGCAUCUACAUGCAGGGCAAAGACAAGAAACCUCUCUCUCUAGACCAGGACAGUUCAGUACUGAAGGAUCAGCAAGUAGUUCUGGAGAUUCGUGUCACAUUAGCGGUGAAAAUUGCGUUCAUGGGGAAAACUGUGACAAUUGUGGCAAAGUCUAACAAGACUCUACAGGAUGCCCUCUCUACCAUUCUUCAGAAGUACAACCUACGACCUCAUGAGGCCAUUGUCACCAUGAGCGAAAGCAGCGAGAUCUUAAACAUGAACAUGACGGUGAUGUCUCUGGCCAACCAGACAGUCAUACUUGACAGAGCAAAAGAUGACAUCCCAGGUAGCACUACCAAAGUAAGUGUCUCCAGCCCAGGGCUUCAAAUGAGAAGAGGGGGCAUCGCAGACGUGGACAUCAGCUCCUCUGGGGUCAGAGGAAAUGCCAGACAGAGGAACCCUGGCCUGCGCAGAACCUACGAUAUGGACGGGUCUGCAGGGCUGGUGGAGCUGUUGAACAGAGCUCAGUGGUGCAGCGCCGACGACCAGCGGGGCCUGCUGAGCAAGGAGCACCUGAUGCUGCCUCAGUUCCUGCAGCAGCCGCUGCCCGAGGAGACGGACGAGGGCACGGGCGAGAGGGACAGACUAGCGGAGGAAAGCAAAGCGGGUUCUUCUAGCUGCCCGCCAGAGAUGGCCGGCACGAUGCCCUCGCUGCCCCCUACGGGGUUGGAGGUGCCAGGGAAGGCCAUGCCCACAGAUGGACUGCCUGACAGCCAGAGCUCAGGCCCUGCCAGAGAGACUGUGGUUUGAGGGCCAACGUUUGUUUGAGCCAAAAUGGACCUAUGAGUAUUUUUAUCUCUUCAACUACAGUGACUGUUUAAUGACAAGAUGAGUAUUUAUUGGAAAUUACUGGUUAUGUGAAAGAUGGAAUGUUAUUUUACUAUGGCCCUGUUGAUAUGUUUUUUUUUUUUGCUGAUUUUUCAUUUCCUGGUAGAUUCCUUAAUGUGCCAAUCCAGUCAAAUACAUCACAUAUUUUACAUUGCAAAGAAUUGUCAGUAUCCAGAGAUUGCUGCCUAUUUGGAGGAGAAACCAAAAAACUGAGGUGUACAACAGCACAUGGUCUGUCUCUUGUUGUGUCUCUUUCAUACACAAUAUUCAGUCAUUCUGUCUGACAGUCCUUCCCACUGCACUGUAAAGAUACUAUGCCAUAAUAUGCCUCUCCUAACUAUGCUCUCCAUCGCAGCUUUCAUCAAAUAACUGUUGUCAUACUGACAACGUUUUUGUUACCCCAGAAUAGCAACAGGACAAUUAACAUCUUACCACUGUUCAUUUCAACUAGUGUAUAGAUGUGGUAGAUCGCCUAUAGUCCAUCAAGGCUAUCGAGUUCUUCCUUCUGACAUCUAUCUAACCUUGUGUUAGAAAUAAAGAACCAACCCCUACAUAUACAUUUCUAGCCAUGAUAGAGUGGACCUGUGCUUACUGUGAGCACUGUAAAUGUAAUUUGUACUGACACUAGUGGUGUUUCAGUAUAACUUUAUCCUAUAGCGGAUGUACGCAUGCCGUUACCACGGUUUCCAGUGGUCUGGCUGACCCUGGGUCAGGCCCUGAUCUUGGCAUUUCGGCAGGAUCCAUCCCAGAAAAAGCUGCCAUCUUAGCUGUGCCAUGGUUUUCUGAGGCGUAACCUUAUGCUGGUUUUGAAGUGUUUGAAGCUGGACACACAGCUAUACCAUUGGACGGAGGUUGUGACUUGAGAGGAUAUAUCUGCUGAGAGUGAUGAAUUAAAGGAAAUAAAUGAAUAAAAUCUCCCCUAAAGUUCUAUUUUUGGCAUUUGAGUACUUUUUAAUGCUUAUUGCCUUGCAUUGUAGAUGUAUGUUUCUGUACAUAUAUGUAUUUCAAUGUAUGUUUUUGGCAGCACAUCUUAGACAAUGCCAUGUUGUAAUAUUUCUCUGUCAGUAUUAUCAUAUAUGAGACAUUUGUGAUUAAACAGCUUAUUUUCCAUACACAAUGACAGUCAUAAUGCAUCUAACCAUAGGAUUCAAGGCUGGACUGGAGUCUGAGCACACACUGAGAGAGCACAUUUUGAACAGAAGUGGCUAAUCAAUUCAAUGACUGAGAUACUUAGACUGAAAGGGAAGGGGGAAUUUGAAAGAGUAUAAAAUCAAGACAGCAUCCAUGAGGUGUGUAGAGAGAGAGAGAGAAUGGGGGGAGGGUAGGGUUGGGGAAAAAGAGACAUUGUUUUAAAAAAAAGACUUGGAGAGAGGGAGGGAAGGGAGAAAAGGUUUUGGUACUUGUCUUCCCAUUGCGUAGCCGUGCAGUCCUCCAGUACAGCGUUGUGUCAUCACUGAAGCAGUUGGAAUCCGUCUGCAUCAGCGCAGUGUUUGCAUUGUGUGAUGCUGAAUGAGGAGAAGCUGUCAGUUGCAUGGGGAGAGAGACAUUGUGUGGACUAGACUGAACAAACAGAGAGAGGUAGCCAGUGGUAUGGAACGGAAUGAAACUGUGAGGAUUCCACUAGUCCUAGCUCCAUUGAAUGCCCUCGGACCGAAGCACUACAUGGAAGACUAGGACCAGGACCAAGUCAUACAUUCAACUCCAGCCAGAACCCGAUCACAAAGAUCUUGACCACAGUUAUGGACCAAACAGAGACUAAAGUGCAGUCUGCAUGUCCACAGAAGCAAUCUGCAAAGAGCAGAUCCAAGUCCACAGAGGAGGAAAAUCGAUCGAAGAAGACAUUCCACACUCCCCAGAAGUCUCUCCCGGUGCAGACCGACAUUGAGAAUAUCAAGAUGGAUUCAGCACCGCCUACGUCCUAAAACACACAUCUCUCCAAGUGCAGAAUCCAGUUGAGAGCAAUAGAGAAAACAAUUUAACAUUAACGUUCAAUAUCUUAUGCUCAUUUGUAACUUAUGUUGGGUUCUUCAUCAACCAUGGUACUGUGAGCCUUAAUUUGAAUAACACUGAUGCUCUUAAUAAACUUGAUCAAUAAAAGUGUUAAAUAGAUGCACCCUAUUCUCUCGUGCAGAUUCUACUUUAUUUAUAUUCCUGAUUUUACCGUCCAGUUGGGGUCUGUUCCAUGGGGUUCAUGGUCCGACCUUCAUGUGUGGGGCCUAGUAGUAGUCCUGUGCGCAGAGAGCCAGUGACUACAGGGAUGACCACUGAGUGAGGGGUCUGAGUUGGGUAAAAGGUAAUUUGGUCAUGUGUAUCCUGAAGCUUAUGGUCACCAACAGUAAAAUGGUCUUUUGAUCAUGUCUAUCGCCCGACUGUACAAGACAGUCAUGAUUAGCAACUAUGAUUAGAAUAGAAGGUGUAUUUCACUAAUGGGACAGGAAUCUGCAUUAGAGUGGUAUUACAAUAUCAACUUUGUAUGGUGGAUCACCACCUUUGUAAGUUCACUGAGACCAAUUUAUCUGACUCCAUUACAUUAUACUGUUAUUUGUUAUUUGUCAUUAUACUGACAUUCUGUUUGUUAAUCUUGUUGUGCUACAAAGACAAAGCUAAUAUGAAUGAUGUCUGGCCCAGGGUUCUGAUGAUAUUCGUGUUUUAUUCAAAGUUUCAGUUUUGGGUGACCAUCUUUUUAACUGUGGAGAGUCAAUGGAUGUAUUCGUAAUAAUAAAGAAUGCAAACUUAAA